AUGCCAGACCCAGGGAGCUUUGUUAUUCCUUACACCAUUGGAGAUGUCACCAUUCAGAGAGCUUUAUGUGACCUUGGAGCUAGUAUCAAUUUAAUGCCACUUUCAGUGAUGAAAACGCUUCAAAUUGAUGAGGUAAAACCUACUCGUAUUUCUCUUCAACUUGCUAAUCUUUCUAUUAAAUUACCUGUGGGUGUUGUUGAGGAUUUACUUGUUAAAGUAGGACCAUUCAUCUUUCCUAUUGGUUUUGUUAUAUUAGACAUGGAAGAGGAGGUAAAAUCCUCUAUUAUACUUGGUAGACCCUUUUUAGCUACAGGUAGAGCUCUGAUUGAUGUACAAAACGGUGAAUUAACCCUGAAGGUCAAUGAAGAACAGGUGGUCCUUCAUGUUUUUGAAGCUCUCAAGCACCUUAAUGAUUUUGAAGGGUGUAUGAAAAUAGAUGUUAUUGAACUACUUGUUCAAGAGGUAUUGAAAGCUAAGGUGCUUGAUGACAUUCUGAAUCCUAUCUCUGAGUACGAAUUGGUUGAAGUUGAUAAUUCACCACCCCAAAAGCUCAUGGUUCACACACCUAGAGCAGAGGAGGAAGCCCACAAGCUUGAGCUCAAAUCCUUACCCCUUCUCUGA